UCCUUUUCUCACCGCAUUCCACUCGGUAAUUCUGCUAUGUUGAUACUGUCUCAAAGAGCACCUCCUAUUUUUGUGGGUCACUGCACUGCAGCGUCUUGGAUACGGAACAGUGACAGGAGAGAGAGGGGAGAUUUUGACAGACGGUUAAAGACGAUGUUCGGUUUCCAUAAAUCUAAAAUCUAUCGGAGCUUGGAAGGCUGUUGUAUUUGCAAGACCAAAUCUUCCAGUUCUCGUUUCACUGACAGCAGACGAUAUGAAGAAAGCUUCAGACUUUGUUUUGGUUUGAUAGAAGCACGUGCAGGAGAUAUCUGUAAUGCUUGUGUGCUUUUGGUGAAGAGAUGGAAGAAACUUCCUGCUGGAUCAAAAAAAAACUGGAGUCAUGUGGUUGAUGCACGAGCUGGACCAGGUCUUAAAACACUUGUGAAACCUAAGAAAAUUAAAUCUGGCUGCGAUGGCAAAAAGAAGAACAAAUUGCGGAGACUCCAGCAAAAGCUCAAAAGACAGAAUUCAGAUGCACAUAGCACAACAUCCAGUAUUUCUCCUUCCCAGUCACCCAGCCACAGCAAUCAAUCUGAUGAAUGUUCAGAUACAGAAACCCAGAAAAGUCUUUCUUUACAACCAGUCUUUUCAUUCCUUGAUCUGACUUACUGGAAAAGGCAGAAGAUUUGUUGUGGCAUAAUCUACAAGGGCCGUUUUGGAGAGGUGCUGAUUGAUCCUCGUCUUUUUAAGCCUUGUUGUAGUACAAAAAAGGAUAAUGAGUCUACAACACAGGCAGAAACACCACUUCAGGCUAUUAAAGGAGAUUGGUAAUGUGCACUGUAACAGCUGGAAGUUAAAGUUUGUCUCAGGUUAUUUUGCCUGUAUUUACAUCUUUUUGUCUCCAGUGGCAGACAUCUAUUUUUAAAAAUGUUAUUUGAUAUCAUUUUGUCAAAAAAGCCAAAUCACUGAAGGAAUAAAUAUUUAUUGGCCUAUGAUUACUCAGAACAGUGAUUUGACGUUUAUACAUCUUCGCUGUUUUUGCAUUUACUGAAAAAGUAGGCUGAUGAAUCAUUUAUUCAUUUGAGACCUCCAGACAUAGAAUACUUCAAUGGAAUGAAUUCUAUUGCUGUAAUUUUUUUAUAUAAUGGAUAAGUUCUAUGUUUAAGCUGUUGUUUAAAUUGUAGAUAUUCUGUCUUGAAAGGUAUAUCUUUCUAUCCUGUCAUGUCCUAUUAAGAAAAUAGAGUAUACAGUAGUUCAUUAUUAGUUUCUCCUAUUCAUAUUACCACCGCUUCCCUGCGACUUUGCUCAAUCUACCUAAUAUCCCAUGUUCACAAUAACCGGGGUUGCAGAAUUGUUCUGGGAUGUGCAAUAGUAACUUAUUUGUUUAGUUUAAUAUGAGCAACAUCUAAGCAAUAACAAUGGAGACCUCUUUAUUGUCCAUUAAUUUGCUGGCAAAUGGGAAGUAUUUUUGGGACAUUCAUUCAAUGCGUUUUUGAUUUUAUAGUCAAAGUGAGUUGCUUUUAGUGUGAAGUAAUUGUGAAACAAAUUACCAGCUGCCAGGUUGUCCUUUGCCUCAACAGCAAAUUAUAUUCAUCACAAUGGGCAGGAGGGAGUCCUUUAUAUUAUAAAACUACACAGAUACCUUCAGGUUAUCUUUUUUGCCUAAGUUUGGUUAUUAGUGAAUGAGGACUGAAUUUAACAACAUAGAUCCUUGAUCUUUUUUCUUGAUGCAAAAGAAGAGCUGAAGUAAGUUCACAUGUGGACAUAAAUUUUUGCUAUUUGCCAACUCCACUGAAUUUGGUUUGGAAACAGUAAUUUAUAUCAAUUAGUCAAAACACUGUUCAGUUUCUUAGGUCCUUUAGAAUUUAAUUUCAUUUGACUCCAUCUUUUACAUCUCCCUUCAAUUUAUUACUGUUGCUGUUUAUUAACACAUUUUGUAUUCAUUUGUUUGAAAUGUUUUUUGUAUACUUCUCAGUUGAAUAUUGCAAGUCUUAGAUUACUUUCAACUGUGAACUUGCAUCCUACGAACUUACCAUUCACAUGUGUCAGAAGCCAAGCUUUGACCUUAUGUUGGGAACUCUGCAUUAUUUUCUUUGACUAACCCGAGUCACUUGUUGCUUAUCUGUUGAGUAACCUGACGCCCUAUCCACCAUCUACAAGGUACAAGUCAGGAAUGUGAUGAAUACUCCCUAUUUGCCUGGAUGAGUGCAGCUCCAACAAAACUCAAGAAACUUGACAUCAUUCAGGACAAAGCAGCCCGCUUGAAUGGUACCAUAUCCUUAAAUACUCAAUCUCUCGCCAAGUGACACUCAGUGGCAGCAGUGUGUACCAUCUACAAGAUGCACUGCAAAGAACUCACCAAGGCUGAUUAGACAUCAUUGUCCAAACCACGACCACUAUCAUCUGGAAGCAAAAGAGCAGCAUGGGAAUACCACCAGCUGCAAGUUCUCCUUCAAGCUGCAUGCUGUCCUGACUUGGAAAUAUAUCGCUGUUCCUCCAGUACCACUAGGUCACAAUCCUAGAACUCUUUACCUCAUGGCAUUAUGGGUCUCCCUACUGCAAAUGGACUUAAGCAGUUCAAGAAGGCAACUCACUGCCUUCUCAAGACAAGUAGGGAUGGGCAAAAAAUUCCAGCCUAGCCAGUGAACCCCAUGAAUGAAUAAUAAAACCUGCCCAUUACAUUUUAAUCUUUGUAUUUGGACGUUCACUGUUUCUGGCUUUUCACCAUUGAAAUGGUACUGUAUGAUUUUUAGGUCCAAAGUGGAUUAUGCCUCAUCUAUUUACAUUAAAUUCCCUUUUCCAUAGUUUCGUCCAUUGUUUAAUCUAUGAAUAGACUUGCAACUUAUGCUUCAACUUAUAAUGCUUGCCGUGCUGCCUAUCUUUGUCACAGGCAAACUUUGAUAUGUGGCUUUCUAUCCCAUCAUCCAAAUUGCUAAUAAAUACAGUGAAUAGAUGAACCCCCAACACAAAUCCAAUAUGCCUUCAAUUCUAUGAACUUCAGCUUUGGCUAACAGUUCCUUUUUGAUGGAUUUCAUUGAGUGCUUUCUAAAAUAAUGCCAUAAGUAUGUCCCUGUCCAUUACUUCUGUAAUCUCUUUAAAAUAUUCAGUCAGGUUCAUCAGGCAUCACCUACUCUUUACAAAUGCAUGUUGGCUCACUCUGUUCAAAUAUAACAGUCCAUCAAAUUCUUUUUGAAUUGUGAGUUAAAAACCGUCAUGGCCAUAAUUUUCAGCAGGCAACGAUGGAUGGACACUUGAGACUUUAACUUCCUUUAAAAAUGUGUGUCAUUUCAUUGCAGCCAUUGAUCUGCUUUGAGUAAUUCCCUGCAUUCAUUAACGUGCACUAAGAUUGAUAGUCUAAUUUACUGUUAAUAUUUAAUUGGUCAGACUUAAAAUUCAGAAAUUUACAUGUCUUACGAAAUUGAAGACUUAUAGAUAUAUAGAACAAAACAAACUACUGAUUCAGUUCAAUGCAACAUGUUUAUUGGGAAGAUUUGCAAUUCGUUUACAUAUUCAGUAAACUGCAAGAACAUUACCUUGUAAAUAAAAUUGAGCUACCACAGGCUUUGAGAAACAAUUUUCUUGAAACCCAUGUAACUAAUGGAGAUAGAGCAGAAUUUCCGAUUAAUCAAAGGGAACAUUCCAAACAAAAUAAUUUCCAUGUCCUAUAAAUACAUGUGUGAACAAUUUGAGAUCCAGUUUUUUUAUUGAACAAGUCUUGAAAUUUAUCUCCUGAAUGUAGCACGCUCUGUUUUAAUCAGACAUUUUGUUUAUCAGUUAAUAUUUAAAAGGUUACUUGCUGACUCUUUUUGGUAAUGCCAGUGUGUAGAAGGCUAAAGUACCUAAAGUUCUUUGAGAUUUUACUUUGUUAAAUAAUUAAUAUUUGGCACCUUUCUUAAUUGAUCUUCUUACCUCCCUCAAAAUCGACAUGGCCAAAUUACUGAAAGUGCAAUAUUAAAAUUCCAACCUUUUGUUUGAAGAUAGAAAAUAUUUAAAUAAACUUGUCUUCAUUUGAGGAAAGUCAUUUUUCCUUUUCCUCCUCUCAAUUUGACAGAUACAUUUCUGUUCAGUAAAUGGUGUUAUUUUAGCGUUGUAUACCUUAUUUUUAACAGUUUAAGAGCAAUCAAAAGACUCUAAAAUGUCAAAAAGAUGUCUUCAGUUUAUCUAUUCAAUCAUCUAGUCAGUAAAAUCAUUGUGGGCUUAUCAUAAAGUUAAUUUUAUUAGUAUAGACAGCACAUUGUGGUAUCCGUUUUUGUGAAGCAGUGUUUUAAGACAUGAAUUGUUUCACUCAGAGAUGGGGGACAACAGCAAGAUCAAUUAUCUGGCAUUACUAAUGCUGUUUUUCAUCUGGUCUUUUGAUUGCAUGCUGUAGUGACCAGGGUAACAUACCCACUUCUUACUCCCCUCUCUCACCACCAUCUAAAGGAUGUGUAAAAUUGUUAAAGCUGGGAACUCUUGCACUCCGCAUUUCCAUGUGCUAAAACACUCUGCUGUUUCCAUUGCCAACUGACAUCUUCAGGUAGUAAAUUUUGUAGGUUUUUACCAAAAUGUCAUUGUGUGUCCAGGUCUUAGAGGUUCCACAUCAAGAAUGAUUACUGUUUUCUGUAACUAUCAUUGGUGGCAGAUCUUAAACAUCCAAAGGAAGUGCUUCUUUUCUUAGUACAUGCUGCUUCCUCUUUUCUCUUCUUCUUAGCUUCCCGGUAAGUGGGCCAGUGAAGUUAUGCAAUGCUGACACCUGCUUUUGGUUUGAGUUUUCUCAUUUUUCUCUCAAAGUCCUUUCUAAGCCCCUCUAUUACAUGCAAAACAAACUUUGACAAACAGUAAAUGCUGGAUAUACUCAGCAGCUCAGACAACAUCUGACCCAGUGCCUUUCAAAUCUUCUGUUCAACUCCAAAGCACGGUACAGCUAAUUAAGUUUUUUUAAAAUGUAAUCACUAUUUUAUAACAUUCUGUUUUAUUAGCAUACACAAGUAUUUUUUCCAGAACAACGUCUUGCAAACAGAUAUGAGAUAAUAACAAGUUUAUCUGCUUUUGGUAUGUUGAUUAAGGGAUGUAUUUUGGCCAGGACCCCAAGGUAUUUCCCCAGCUGCCAUAUAAGUAGUGUCAUCUAUAUUUUUAACUCCAUCAGAGGGAACGGAUGGGAACUCAGUUUAGCAUCUUGUCUGAAAGACAUCAUCUGAAGUGCUGCAUUCCCUCUGCUCUGAAAUUGCUUAGAUUAAAUGCUCAUAUCUUUGUGGGGUUGGAACCAAUGUCUUGAUGAGAGUGCUACCACUGACUUGGAUUGAUACUUGGAAAUGGUGAUCAAACGACUUCUUAUGCCUCUCAUCAUCCAUUGAGAAAUGACUAAGUUCUUCCUUUCUCUUUCUGUCUUCCUGGCCUAUCUCAUCAACACAACUUGGACCACUCUAUUGAUUGGAGUGAAGAAUAGUGUCUAUAUUCUGCCUGAUUUAGGUGUUACUUCUGUGUAGGUCUAUCAGUAUGUGCACAACACUUGGUGAAUUGUAUGUAAACUGUUGCUGUUCAGUAACACCCUGCAAGUAUUUUGCUGAUAAAUCUUUCUAAUCCAUUUGAAUAGUUAGUGGCACAGUCCAAUGAAAUGUAUGUAUAGAUACAGAAAUUAAUCUUAAAUGUAUUAUUUGAAAAAUAUGUUUAUUGAUGUACCAUAUCUUUUCAUAUGACUGUAAAAUGGAAAAGAUUGGUCUUGAUGGAUCCUUAUGAAUUUUAAGCAUUUACACUGUAAAUAGAUUUUGAUUUUUUUAUAAAAAAUAGUUAGUAUGUUCUUCACAUCUUAUGGGAACUGGCCCCUGCAGGGGAACGAAUUGAUGAAACUUUUAGUCCUAUUGACUUUCAAAUCAAGUCACCUCUGUUUUAAAGAAAUAAUUACUUCUAAGCAUUUGUUACAAUAAUUAAGUUUAAUUGGACUGAAGACUGGAUGGUAGUGCCCCAGUAUUUUUCUUUUCGUUGAACUAGAUCUGAAAAUCUACCAAAUACCCUUUUUGAACGUUUUACACAGUAGUUCUUAUCAGUUUCUAAGAAUGAAAUCCAGAGAAAAUUAUGAGUUCGGUAAACUGAACUACAAAAAAAUCAGUGUCUUUUUCUUGAGUUGGAAAGAAACAGGACCAAUGAGGAAUAUCUUUGUAACCUCCAAAGGAAAAUAAGGCAAGGAGCAUAUCUCAUUGCUUUGUGGAGAAAUGCACCUACUUGUGAAAUAUGGAGCUGUACAGGAAUAUCCCUAGCUUGAUCCUUGGUCAGUGCUGGAUGAGUUAACUUCAGGGGUAACAUUUUGUGUGUACCUUUGAGCUUGAAGUCUCGAGGUAGAAUGAGGGGAAAAAAUGACUUGGGUUCAGGUCAUGUAUGCUAUUUAAUAAUAGCUGCUGGAUGGCACGUGUGCAUUAUGGAAAAUGGGAUUUAAAUCAAAUAUGGUGCGGUCAACAUCAGAUUGGCCAACAGUCAUUAGCCAGAUACUCAAAAAAAAACUUGGGCAAGAUAUUGAUGAUCUACUGGCAUCUGUGAAAAUAUACUUCCAUAUAGCUUUAUGCCUUUUGGAGAAAAUUGGUCAGAAGGCAAUAGUGAGAGCUGGGAUUACAAGGGAGAAACUGGGGAGAAAAGGUGCUUUGUGAAACUUAAAACAUUAAACAUUCUGUAUUGUUCUCUCAUUCAAUUGUAAAUGUACACACCCAGUGAGAUUUACUGAGUGCUUCAGCCAAACACAAUGAUACUUCAGCAUCCUUGACAUAAAUUGACUACAAAACAUCAUUUUAAUAAAUUGGGCGCAUAGCUGCAUUUAACUUUACGUGCUUCAAAGUCUCAGUAGCAAUAGUAAUUGAAAUGGCAUUUGUUGGAAUACUGAAGUGGUUUCCAUUCCACCAUCUAAAUUAUGGUUGUUACAAUAGAGAUUUAGACAUUGAACAGUGCCCUUUUGCACUUAUUUAAUGGCAUUGACAAACCCUUUUAUUUACAGUAGCAAUUCAUUGUUGUGAGCUGCAUACUUUAAAUAAAAAAUCUUUAUAGAAAGACAGAAUACAAUUCUCGUAGUCCUUAUUUUUUCAGCUUCUGAUAUGCAGGUUUACCAAGAUUCUCUGUAUAAUGCUUCUAAAUAGUAUGCAGAUACUUUUACAUGUGUUAAAUUCAGACAUGAAAAUUCCCAGGUUCAAGGGUUACAUAAUCCCUAUGUUACAAUAAACUAAUUCUGGACUAAGAUUUUUUUCUUCUGCUUUUGCAGCUAAAGGCUUAACUAUUUGCAAAUUGUGAUGCCUUUUCCCUAAUCAAGAAAGUAUUUUUAAAGUUCAGUUAUAUCUUUGGACAAAAUAUAAAUAUUUUCACAUUUCUGUCAUAUCAGCCGUUAUCUGGUUUUCUGGUAAAACUGCUAAAUGGAAAUUCUUGUAGCUGUGCCUUAAUGAAAAACCAAUGAAGAAGAUUGUAGGAUUGCAUUUUUCAGGUUUUAUUUCCUUUCAGAUGUUUGGUGGAUUGUUUUGUCCAUUGUUAUUUAUUUAUUUAUUUGAACAUUCCAUGAAUAAACUGUUACUAAUCAGACAGAGUCCAAUACUUGUUCCAAAGUCUUCAAGUUUGUGCACUUUUACCAAAUGAGACUUUUUUUGUGACCGACAGCUUUCAUAUGACUGCAAUUUUAU